AUGGACGUCGAUCCGUCUACGGGGCCCGAGGAUCCGAAUCUCCGCAGAGCGAUUCGCUGUGACAAGGGCACGCCAUGCUCCAACUGCCGGACGGCUCUGCGGUCAUGUAGCUCCAUCGGCGUUACACAUAAACCCAGAGAGCAACGGCAACGCGUGCUCAUCUCGCAUCAAUAUGAGAGGAAAAUUGACCUCAUCGAGGAGAGGCUGUCCGGUAUCGAGGACGCCCUACGCACAAUCGCCAACAGUGGUCUCGCCUCCGAGUUCAACCACUUGAGGCGCGCCACGACAACGACACCGAGCGUUCCAGCUUCGGCUCCAAAGGGCGAUGCCCAAGCCUUUGCACACGAAGAGCCGGACGACGACGACGAUGAGACGGAAGCCUUCGAGGGCGACCUCUCGCUGACGGCGCACACGGUCUUCGCCCGCGACUUUCUCGAGAACGCCGUCCAGAGGACCUCCCUGAGCGACGUGACGCCCAACAUGCAGUCCGCCCUGCUGACCCUGCGCCAGAUGGUCUCGAUGCAGAACGAGUCGUCGUCCAUCCGCGAGCUCAAGUUCCCCAACCAGCAACCCCUGCCGCCCGGCGGUCUACCGGAGCUGCCGAUGCCCCCGAUGGCCGCCGUCGUGUCCCUGCUGAAGCACCAGAAAGGUCUGUCCGCCCCGUCUCUACACACCCUGCCGGCCCCGCCCAGCAUCUUCGCCAUAGCCUGCUCCUUCCUCGACAUUGACGAUCUCUCGGAGCUCUGCCGCAAGGUCUAUUUCUGCACCGACACCUUUUCUCACCCGUGCUUUGUUAUCGUUGUGGGCUCCUUGUACUACCUCUUCAUGGAGCAGAGCUUCCUGGCCAAGGACAACGCGUCGAGGGCUGACUUUCAGCUGUACCAGCGCAUGUGCCAGGUGAACCUCGAGACGGCCCUCGCAAGCCUGCCGCUCAUGCUGCCCGCCAAGGCCGAGAGCAUCGAGGCCCUGCUCGUUGCCACCCUGUACUCCAUAGACGUGUCCAAGACAUCGCUCGCGUGGCACUUUGUCUCGACGGCAGCGACCUUGUGCCAGACGCUGGGCUACCACCGGGCGUCCCGCGUCAAGCCCGAGCCCCACGCCAGCGGCAAGGACGUCAAGACGCUACUCUUCUGGCACACGUACAUGCUCGACAAGAGCCUCGCGCUGCGCACGGGGCGGUCGUCGGCCAUCCAGGACUGGGACAUAACGCUGCCGCGGACGGUCGACAGCACCAUGGUGGAGGACCCGUGGGGCGCCAUCAUCACGACGUGGAUCCGCGAGUCCGAGAUGCACCACCGCGUCUACGAGCACCUCUACAGCCCAACCGCCCUUGCCCGGCCGCGGCACGAACGCGUCGAGGCUGCACGCCGCCUCGAGGCUGAUCAGAAGGACAUUAUGGCGGCGGCGUCGCAGGCGCGCGAGCAGGCCAUGUUCGGGUUCAAGGCCCUCAACGCCUCGGCCCUCAUCGACAUUCACCUGCGCGGCGACGAGUUGACACACCAGUCCACGUUGACGCUGAUCUACCGCGCCAUUCCCGCCCCCGAGGGCUCGCCCAGCCGCUUCACGCAGGAGUGCAUUGAGACGGCGCGCUUCGCCAUGCAGAUCCACCACGAGUGCAUGGCGCAGCUUGACGAGGCGCAGCACAUGAAGGCUGUCUACGUCCACUGGGCCAUCCUCCUGACGCCCUUUGCGCCCUUCUUUGUCCUCUUCUGCCACGUCAUUGAGACCUCCUCGGCAGAAGAUCUCAAGCGGCUCUAUGAGUUUGCUGACUCGCUCGGGGGCGCGUCGCCCAUUUCGGAGCCGGUGCAGAAGCUGCAUCGACUGUGCCAGGUGCUGUACAACGUGGCCCUGACCUACGUUGAAGCCAAGGCGCAGCAGCCCGCGGCCAAUCAGGCGCCCAUCAACGAAGAGUUUGACAUGUACCUGAGCGCGCUGGGCUUCCCUCCCAACGAACUGCUGGCGCCGGGCACUGGAGUCGAGGCCGGUGCGGCGGCGCAUACAGCGGUGCAGUCGGAGCAGCUGGCUAACUGGUUCUCUGGAAACCAACAGAUGAUGGGCUUGCUGGAAGAAGAUCUCUCGCAGUUCGGGCCAACGGGGUGGAUCGAGUAA